AUGUCGCCCCACACGGAGUGCCUCACAGUAGGAGCAGCAGCCAAUUCUCGUUCACCUGACGACGCCGCGUGCGUCGCUAUGCCCGGCAGCGACAGCACCCCGCCUGCGACGCUGCCUGACCACAUUUUACUGCGCUGCCUCGCCGCCGUGCCCUUCCCGCUCUACCGUUCGCUCCACACCGUAUGCGCCGCGUGGCGCCGCCUCGCGGACCCGCUCGCGCUGCACCAGAUCCGCCGUGCGGAGGGGCUGGCGGAGCUGUGGCGUGUGGACCUCGAGAACGAGUACCGCGACGCCGCCUUCCAGGGGCUCGCUGGCAAAGCGCGCCGCCAUUUCUCGCGCGCGCAGCCGCCUCGCGGACUGGCGCGGCAGCGGAGCAGCAGCAGCAACGACAUGAACCAAAUCGACAUGAGCGCCUGCGCCCAUCAUGCGGACGCCACUGCAUCUUGCGGCAGGUGCCGCACGAGCGACGACGCGAGCAACGUGCGCGUGACGCCCCUGGCGGGGCCUCUCCGCAUGCAGUACGGCGCCGUCGGCAUUCCGCACGAGCCGGAGCUGCUGGUGGUGGGCGGGCGCUCGCCGUUCCCCGUGUUCUGCCGCGAGGUGGUGCGCGCCUACGCGCUCGCCCACGCAUACAACGCGCUCACCGACUCGUGGCGCGCGCUCGCGCCCAUGCUCACCGCCCGAUUCGCGUUUGGCAUCGCCGCGUGGACCCACCCCUCCUCUCGUCAGACCUACGUGGCGGUAGCUGGUGGCUAUGCAUCCAAUGGGGAGGCGUUAUUUGAUGCCGAGCUGUACCACGUCAGCAGCAACACGUGGACUACCCUGCCACCGCUCACACACGCCAGUGGAGCAUGCAGGGCGGUGGUGCACGGCAACCAGCUCAUCGUGGCGCAGCGCACUGGCGGCCCCGCCGAGUCCCUCGACCUCGCUGCCCUGCUCUCCACCUCCCCGCCUGCCCUUGAUGCUGUAGCUCAAAGUGCACGGGUCGCUCACACGAAUGCCGUACAGGUUCGCGUGACGCACGCUGCCGUUAGUCGCAUAUGUUCCCCCUCGUCGGCCGCUCUUUCCCACGUCAUACUGCUUUCCUCGUCGCCCGCGCUUUCCCUCAUCACCCUCGCCGACACUCGUCGCCCUCGCCUCUGCUUGUCGCCCGCGCUUCCCGUCCUCGCCCUUGCUUCCCUGCUUCCCCCCAUCCCCUUCCCUGCUUCCCCCCAUCCUGUUCCCUGCUACUCCCCAUCCCCUUCCCUGCUUCCCCCCAUCCCCUUCCCUGCUUCCCCCCAUCCCCUUCCCUGCUUCCCCCCAUCCCGUUCCCUGCUACUCCCCAUCCCCUUCCCUGCUUCCCCCCAUCCCCUUCCCUGCUUCCCCCCUUCCCCUUCCCUGCUUCCCCCCACCCUCCGCCCUGCUUCCCCCCAUCCCCUUCCCUGCUUCCCCCCAUCCCCUUCCCUCGUUCCCCCCACCUCUGCCUUGCUUCCUGUCAGAAUCAACGAGCAGGAAUGUGUGUAUUGA